GGCGGCCUCGGCCGUGAUGAUGGAUCCAAAUAUAGAGCAGGAGAGGUUCGUGGACAUAUGAUGCCAGCGUGGGAGGUCUUGUAAGUGUAUCGUUCGCUCUCCGUCAAAAGGAGGAUAUUUGGGUUAGCGACAUGUGCGAAUAUCAUUACUGUUUGAAUUCGGUACCCCAUGUGUCAGUGUCUGUCGGAAUGUGGCCCAAAGCCACCUCGUGGUCGGCAAGGCGGAGGCCCCACAACCGUUGAUGAUCUUCACGCACGAGGCGCACGCUGAUGCAAGCCAAGUCGACUUAGCGUCGUUUGUCGCGUUGCUCUUUGAGAGCUGCGAACGUCGAGUUUCAGUCACCAAUCGCCGACUUCUGUCUUCUGACGCACGUUCUUGACACAUUGCCUCUUUUGUAUAAUCCUUCACAUCUAUAACGUGCGCAUUGCGAGUCCUACCCGUGGGCGAAUUGAGGCACGAUGGCCGACUACAACAAGCUGACAGUCGCGCAACUGCGACAGCUGCUGAAAGAUCGAGGCAUACCGAGCACCGGGCUUUCGCGGAAAGCGCAAAUCAUCGAGAAGCUUGAGGAGGAAGAUACUGCUGGUACUGAAGUAACCGAGGCAGGCAAUGCGACCGAAGAUGCUGCACAGGAGUCCGAACCGGCUGAAGACAAAAGCUCAGGGGAAGAUGACGUGCCCGAUCCACCACUUGAAGAAGCUGGAGAACCCAAGCAAACAGCCGCCGAGACCAAGGCAGCGGCAGAGCCCGCGCCUGUGCCUGCGCCGACAGCCGAUCGCUCGCCGGAAACGAUUUCGCACAUCGAUAGUGACAUGCCACCGCCUGACGAGACUAAGGCGAUUGAAAGACCGGCGGAGGACACUACAGCGGAGGAAGAAGCUGGCGGCCUUCAGCCUACGGAAGUCUUCAGACCUGCGCCUGCGGCGCCCGAGGACGACCAAGUUGGACCGCACAUCACCGAACCUACAGAUGAGGAGGCCGAGAUCGAUGCGAAAGGCGAGAAAGCAAAAGAUGCAGAAGGCGAGCUUCCUGAAGCUCCAGGGCCGGCCGCUGAAACUUUGAGACUUGCGCAGCCGGAGCAAGAGACGCCAGCAGAGACGCAAGACACAGCUAUGGAGAUGGGGACACCUUCCCCAGCGCCGAACGAGCGGGACACUGUCGAGAAGCCAGAGCUAUUGCCGAUACCGGAGAGGUCGACAGCAGAAACUUCGAGACUCAACACCGAGGAGCUGGAGGCGGAUACAAAGAAGAGGAAGAGAAGGAGUAACUCGCCAGACCUCACCGCGAAAGAAGCUUUGGCAAAGAAGCUCCGACUGAGUCAAGAGCCAGUCCAAGACGUCUCCUCUAACGACGUAGUCAUGGAGCAGCAAAGACCUGAGGACUCGCCCUCCGACCCUAAGCAGGACAAGAAAGAGAAUCUCGACCGAUACAAGGACCUCCUCCAACCCACCUCCAACCCGCCCGCCGACACCCUCACUGACGACCGCCCCACCAUCCCCGCCAUCCACCCCGUAACCCCCGCCCUCUACAUCCGCAAUCUAAUGCGCCCCCUCCGCCCCUCGCAACUGCACACGCACCUCACCGCGCUCGCCACCCCACCCUCCAGCACCCCCGACCCCACCCUCCUCCCCACCCUCUUCCUCGACGCCAUGAAAACCCACGCCCUCGCCCUCUUCACCUCCCCCACAGCCGCAUCCCGCGCCCGCGCCGCCCUGCACGCCACCAUCUGGCCGCCCGAAGGCAACCGCAAAGAACUGUGGGCCGACUUUGUCCCCGCCGACGACGCAGCGCGCUGGAUCGCCGUCGAGGAGGCCGCGCAGCGCGCCGAGAAAGACGCGCGCGCUGCGGGCCGCCCGGCGCCGAGCGCCCGCUUCGAGGUCGUGUACACGACUGCCCCGCACGGCGUGGUUGCGCAGCACCGCGAGGUCGGGGCCGGGGCGCCUGCGAAUGCGCCGCGCGGGCCGCGCGCGGACGCGCCGGUCCCCGUCCCCGUUCCGCCGCCGGUGGCCGCGAAGGAGGCGAAAGAUGCAGCCCCGUUUCGCACGCUGCAUGAGUUGUUCGAGGCGACGGUGGCGAAGCCGCAGUUGUUUUUCCUGCCGGUCGGGGAUGAGGUUGCGGAGCAGAGGCUCGAGGAGCUGAGGCGGGAGACGAGUCGGGAGUGGGAUCCUGAGGCGGUGCGAAGGGGGAGGGGAUUGGUCGGGGAGGUCAAGUACAGGUAUUGUUUUGAUGAUGAGGGGAGGGUUGUUGAGGGGAUGGUUGAGGGUGGGGAUGGGAGGGGGCGAGGCGGCGGUGGGUUUCGGGGGAGAGGCGGUGGGGGGUGGAGAGGUAGGGGCGGUGGCGGGUGGAGGGGGUAGGGGUGUGUAUGGCUUGCGAGAGAGGAAUAGGUUGAGAUUGGUAGCAGUUCAGAAAGGAAAUGCAUCGAUCCACUGUGUUUCUGGCCGUGCGACCCAAUUCUUUGAUCACUAUGAGUCGACCGACGACCUACGCACCGGAGCAGAGACUGAACACACUAUUUCUCAACACCAGUCACGACUGCACGCGCACCACCGUCGCCAUACUACCACAUAUC